AUGCUUAGCUACGGCCCUGUAUCCAAUACCAAGACCCUGUUGCUGCAAUGGCAUAAACUUAAGAUUGGAAAGGACGGAUUACUACGUCACGAAAGCGGUCCAUACACACAACUCGUUUUGCCAAGAAAAUUUCUCCCUACGGUUUACAAAGAACUGCAUCAGGAUAUGGUACAUUUAGGAGCAGAGAGAGUGGUACAAUUAGCGAGAGAAAGAUUCUAUUGGCCUAAUAUGGAACGCGAAAUAAUACAUUUUGUUACUAAUGUUUGCGGUUGUCCCAAACAACGUAGACCUGCUCGACCAACAUGUGCACCACUAUGUAGUAUAACAACGUGUUCUCCGUUCGAAUUGAUACCAAUCGAUUACAUGUAUCUCGAGAAAAGUUCUGGCGGAUAUGAAUACAUAUUGGUUAUCGUCGACCAUUUCACUCGAUUUGCACAAGCUUAUCCGACUAGAAAUAAAUCGAGUACAACCGCAUCAGAAAAACUGUAUAAUGACUUCAUCCUUCGGUUUGGUUUCCCUGCUCAUAUACUACAUGAUCAAGGUAGAGAGAGAAGAAAACAAUCUACUCAAUCAGUUAGAAAAGCUCACUGGAAUUCGUCGACGUCGAACAACACCUUACCAUCCUCAGGCCAACGGCAAGGCUGA